GGCGGGUCACCUGCUCCACCGGCUCCAGUACUUGCGGCGAGUCUCGGUAGCCCAGCACCGUGGGAAUCGCAGCAGUGAGACGAGGUGACCAUGGCACUGAGUCGGGGGGCUUUCCUGAUGCUGCUCCUCGGGAUCAGCUGCCGGCAGCGGGCGGGCGCAGAUUCCGCCUGGAGUUACACCGGACCGCAGGGAGAGGAUCACUGGGCAUCGAGCUAUCCGUACUGUGGAGAUGUGCAGCAGUCCCCCAUAGACUUCCAUUCGGGAAUCUUCACCUACAGCCCGGCCCUGGAGCCCAUUCAGUUAAUGGGCUACAACCUGUCGGCAACGCAGAAGCUGUCUUUAACCAAUGAUGGCCAUGCCGUGAAAGUCUCCCUGCCUCCAACCAUGCACAUCAUCAGUAUGUCUCAUCGCUACACUGCCGUACAGCUCCACCUACACUGGGGCAGUGAGACGGAUCCUGUGGGUUCUGAGCACACCAUCAGUGGGAGGCAUUACCCAUCAGAGAUGCACAUCGUUCACUACAACUCUGAGAAAUAUGAGAAUGCUUCCGUAGCACAAGACAAAGUAGAUGGGCUGGCAGUCCUGGGAAUUCUGAUCCAGAUUGGACCAUUCAAUGCUGCUUACAACCAUAUAUUUCAGCAUUUGAAAGAGAUUCAGCACAAAGAUGAGGAGAUCCUGAUCCCUGGUUUUAAUAUCAAUGACCUUCUCCCACGCCAGCUGUAUGAAUACUUCCGCUAUAACGGAUCAUUGACCACCCCUCCGUGCUACCCCAGUGUGCAGUGGACGGUGUUCAGAGAACCAGUGCAGAUCUCCAGUGAACAGCUUUUAGAGUUAGAGAGCGAUUUGUACUUCUCGAACACGACCGAAAAGAACCAAAUGGGGAUGGUGAACAAUUACAGGCACGUUCAGGAGCUCGGAGAGAGGGAGGUCCUGAUUUCAUUCCCAGAAGCUGUAAACGCUGGGCACACCCUGACUCCAGGUGGAGUCCUGAUCAUUGCUUUGUGCUGUGUGCUUUGUAUUGUGAGCGCCUUCUCACUGACUGUCUUCUUCCUAAAGAAAAGAGCGCGUAAAACAACUGAAACCAGAGGGGUGAUCUAUACGGCGGCGUCAGCAGAAGACGGACCCUCAGAAGCCUGAACUCAGAAUACCCGUACACGAAUUUAUCUGGAGAUAGAUAAGUCAGAUAGUUGAAGAAGUAGGAUCAACUUUCAGCAGCCUGGUGUGUGGCUGUCCCGACCUUUCCUGAACCCUGGGCAUGGUUCACUAAGUGUUCUGUUUUAAUGACAAAUGUUCACAUUUUUUAAAUUCAUAAAUUCAGUUAAAUACACUUCUGCUUAUUGUGGUAAAAUGGAAAUAUUAAUUGGAGUUCAUAUCAGGUCUGUGACUACAUUUAGGAAUUAAAUAACGUGAAAUGGGACUUCGUGAUUUUACAUUCAAGGAUCUGACGGCUAAAUCUGGCUAUAUAUUCCAAAUCCUUAAUCUGAGUUUAAAAUAAUUUGUUUCAUCAAAUUAAAAAUGAAACGUUGUCUCUCGGUAAGAAACUGGACCAUAGCCAGUAAGUUAAACUAAUAAAAGAAUUUACAGAGCGUACUUGAUGUCUGUGUUUACCACCAGACAGACAAAUUGGUUCCAGCCUGUUUAACAACAGUAAUGUAAUAGUACAGACAGCAGCUGGUCACACGGUACAAUUCUGAAAUGAUUACACAAACAAUACAGGCGACCCCCGCGUUACGGGGGAAGCUGCUUUCUUGGAAAACGGGCCAUAUCGCGACGUAACGUGAAGCCGCCUCAUGUGUCAAGAAACGCAAGCUGAAAAAAAUUGUGUUGAUUUAUUUACUUUUUUCCACUCACAUGAAUUUCGUGAGAGCGAAUUUUAUUCGGUAUCUCAAAUUUUUGGGUAGUAAUUUGUGAAUUCUGUGCGGGCUCAUUUCCGUAACCCGAACGGCUGUAAUGCGGGGGUCGCCUGUACUGUGUCGUCUUCAUAUGUAACGUCCUUAUAUUUAAUAUAAAAAAAGCAAAAGAAAUCAACACAAGCCGUCCAGCCUGUGUG